AUGAGCGUGGCGAUUGUGGGUGAGUCGGGAACUUUGGACGGCAAGGUGCAAGAUGCACAUAUGGAGGAUGCUGGGGAGAAGGGGAGACCGCCGGGAGAGCCGCCUGAUAAAACGGGGUCGCUUUGCUUGGAGUUCCCGGAUGGAGAGGAUGGAGAACCAGUGAUAACGAUCGGCGACAAAUGGGCUGUGGAAGAAGUGCAUGAUUGUUAG